AUGUGCAUAUCCUCAGGGGGUGCUUGUGGAUAUAAUCAGACCUCAAGUAGAUUCGUCUGCUAUUGUAUAGACGAGCAACAAAACCUUACUUGCGGUUCUAGAAAAAAGGAUGCAGGCAUCCAUGCAGGCAUCUCUCAUGGAGCAAUAGCAGGCAUUGUGGCUUCUUCUGGAUUGGUGGUGGUCGUUCUUAUAGUCAUAGGUUUGUUCUGUCUCAUCAGCCGGAGAAAGAAAAUGCAGGCAGCUCAAUACACAAGCAAAGACUUGCCAAUAUCAUCUUAUUCGAGUAGGGAAACAUCAAGAAAUCCAACUUCCACAACAAUCUCCUCACGCAGCAAUCACUCUCUUCUUCCCUCAAUCUCUGGUGUCUACUCUGGAGUUCAAGUCUUUAGCUAUGAAGAACUUGAGAAAGCCACUGAGAAUUUCUCUAGAGAGCUCGGAGAUGGAGGCUUCGGUACCGUCUAUUACGGCGUCUUGAAGGAUGGGCGAGCUGUAGCAGUGAAACGACUAUACGAAAGAUCGCUAAAACGAGUAGAACAAUUCAAAAACGAGAUCGAAAUCUUGAAAUCGUUGAAGCAUUCAAAUCUUGUGAUACUCUACGGAUGCACAUCGAGACAUAGCAGAGAGCUUUUGCUCGUCUACGAGUACAUUUCAAACGGAACUCUCGCCGAUCAUCUCCACGGCGAUCGUGCUGAAUCUCGUCCUCUUUGCUGGUCAGUUCGUCUUAACGUCGCAAUCGAAACCGCAAGUGCAUUAUCCUUUCUCCACGUAAAAGGGAUCAUUCAUAGAGACGUCAAGACUACAAACAUUCUACUAGAUGAGAAUCACAGUGUAAAAGUAGCUGAUUUCGGUCUCUCACGGUUGUUUCCGAUGGAUCAAACUCACAUUUCCACCGCACCGCAAGGCACUCCAGGAUACGUCGAUCCAGAGUACUAUCAAUGCUACCGUCUAAACGAGAAGAGCGAUGUUUACAGCUUCGGAGUCGUACUCACCGAACUCAUAUCUUCCAAAGAAGCAGUCGACAUCACCAGACAUCGUCACGAUAUCAACCUCGCAAACAUGGCCAUCGCUAAAAUCCAGAACAACGCGCUUCACGAGCUAGUGGAUCCGAGUCUUGGAUUCGAGAAGGAUCCGGAAGUGAGGAGGAAGAUGAUGUCGGUGGCUGAGCUUGCGUUCCGAUGUCUGCAACAGGAGAGAGAAGUCAGGCCAUCGAUGGACGAGAUCGUGGAGAUUUUGAGAGGGAUCAAGGGGAAGACCGGCGAGUCACCGGAUGUGGUUGACAUCGAGGGAAGCGGCGGAGAUGACGUUGGAUUGCUGAGGCAUAGUGUUCCUCCGCCGAUCUCGCCGGAGACUGACAAGUGGACGAGCAGUUCGGAUACGGCGGCGAGUUCAUUUUGA